GAACUGUUAUCCAUACUGAGCGAUGAAGAAGAAGUUUCGAGAGUGAGGGGGCAAAAACCAAAAACCAAAAACCAUAGACAGUAAAUAUAAUAAAAAACGCAAAACGACAUGGCGAGAAAAUAACAAAACUCCCAACGACUGAAACUUACUUAACUUGAGAUGUUUAUAACAGCAGUUCUGUGAAGCACUCAUCAAGUAAAGAGCGGUAACGGUUAAUCGCGUAGCAAACUGUUAGCCAGAUACAGCGUAGCUAAGUUAGUUAGCUGACAUUAGCCAACCUGUCAGCCGUGUGUGAAGCCGCAGCAUGUCGGUGCACUUCGAGGAGAGGAGCGGCGUCGUCCCCUGCAAGACGCCCUGGGGCUCCUGGUACCAGACCAUGGAGGAGGUUUUUAUCGAAGUCAAUGUGCCUCAUGGGACGUCUGGUAAAGAGGUCAAGUGUCAUUUGGGAUCCAGAGACAUUGAGCUGCUUGUCAAAGGGAAGGACAUUUUCAAGGGAAAGUUGUUUGACACAACCGUGUCUGACGAGGCGACAUGGACACUAGAGGACAAGUGUCUUAUCCGGAUCAUUCUGAUGAAGACUAACCGAGAGGCAGGGAACUGCUGGUCCUCCCUGCUGGAGGGGGAGUACUGUGCGAAUGCCUGGGUCCAGGACCAGAUGCAGAGGAAGCUCACACUGGAGAGGUUCCAGCGGGAGAAUCCUGGAUUUGACUUCAGCGGUGCAGAGAUCACUGGGAAUUUUGCUGGUGGUGGUCCGGACUUUUCCAGUUUACAGAAGUGAGCAACGUCACGAUGUCCCCUCUGCCUAAUGAACACUACUGAGGACAUCCAUGGUAUGCAGACGGACUGAGCCCCUAUGAUGAGAAGUCAAAGAUUUGCCUUCAGAACUCAAAUACUGUACGUUUUAAUACAGGAAGACUUAACUGUGCGACAAAGACCCUUUUCACAGCAGCCCUUUCAUCUGGGUUGUUUAGGCCUGAUUUGCCAAGUUGCAAAGCUCAUACAGGCAGAACAACAGUUGUUGGAAACUGUUCUAUUUGGUUGUAAGAAGCAUGUGUGCUAAGUUUAAAUAAUGAGAAGAAUGCACAAGCAAUAACUUUUCAAUAAAGUUUUAUUGAAAGGUACAAGUACA